AGGCUGGUUGGCAACUCGCCCAAUUCAAUUGACCAUGAAAUCUAACGAUUAAAAUAACCAAUGGUCGUACGCACUGCUAUCAACGUCAGAUUGGAACAACGCAUUAAAAUGGUUGGCGUGCAGUAAUAAUCCAAGUGUGAUACUUGACGUGUUGAUAUGAUAGUCAGCCAUGGUGGUAGCUUUCAGCACAUGGAACGACUUCUGGUGCUAAGACAGUCGUCGCCCGCCUCAUCGGUGGAUUUCACUGCGAGGCACAACGAAGAAGAGCUUGUGAAGGAUCCUCGCUGUAUCCACUCGGUGGCAGAGUCAUGGAACCAGCUUUGACAGUCACGGCGGUUCGCUUUGCCGUCGAUAAGUUGGUAACCCUCCUCGAAGAACAGUACAAAGCAGUCUCAGGUGUUCAAGGAAAGCUGAAGAUCUUAGAGAGUUUGCAUGAGCAGAUUGACAACGUGCUCGAAGAUGCCGAGUCGCGGCCCGUAAUGGAUCACGCCGUGAAGCCUUUGUUGCUGAAGCUCCGGGACAUGGCCUGUAAUAUCGAAGACGUGUUGGAUCUGUUCGACGCCGAAGCCAAGCGAAGGAGAUCAGGAGCUCGGCUCUGCAUGACGGUGCGUGAUUUCUUCUCUCAUAAUAACCAAGUUCGGUUUCGAUUCAAGAUGAGUCGCAGUAUCGAAGCAGUGACAACAAGACUGAAUUCGAUUUUGGUCGAGAAGACUCUUCUUUUAAGUUUAGCACAGGGCACCUCCAAGAGGCAGGCAGGCGGCGAGGACCGUCCAGUGACCCGCUCCCAGAAUGCCUUCCGUGAUGUGGGGAGAGGAAGGGAGACGGAGGAGAUCGUUAACCUGUUGAUAGAUCAUGAAAGCAAGGAGACGAUCUCGGUCAUCGCCAUUGUCGGCAUGGCGGGCUUGGGGAAGACGACACUUGCUCAGCUCGUUUUCAACGAUGACAGGGUGAAAUUUCAUUUCAGCUUGACCAUGUGGAAGGAUGUAGGCCGUGACUUUAAUCCAACAAAGCUGAUGGAAUCUAUUCUAGAACUAGCUGCCGGAAAUCCAAUCAACAUCUCAGAAACAGACUUAGUGCAAAGGGAGCUUCGAAGAGCAUUAGCUGGGAAGAGAUUUUUGCUUGUGCUUGAUAAUGUAUGGAACGACGACCAAUUGAAGUGGGAGGAAUUGAGGGUUCUCUUGCAAGAAUACGGAGCAAAAGGAAGUAAAAUCGUGGUGACUACUCGUAGCCUGAAGGUCUCAUCCAUCAUGGGAUCAUCGACUCCUCAUCGAUUACAACCUUUGUCUGACGAUGCGUGCUGGUCUCUGUUUCGGAUAUUCGCUUUUGAAGAUAGAGAAGAACGUCACAGCUUGGUAGAGAUCGGCAAAGAGAUUGUCAAGAAAUGCGGAGGCGUGCCCCUGGCAGCCAUAACUCUGGGGAGCCUACUGCGCUUCAAACGAGAUGAAGUUGAUUGGUUUUCGGUGCUGAACACUGAGAUAUGGCAGCUUAAGGAAGACGAAGACAGAAUAAUGGCUGCACUAAGGUUGAGCUACGACGAUCUCGAUCGACGGUCGAAGCAGUGCUUUGCAUUCUGCUCCUUGUUCCCCAAGAAUUCCCAGAUGGAAACGGAGAACUUGGUCCAACUGUGGGUGGCGAACGGCAUCAUCCGACCAGGAAGAGGGUCAGACGUCGAAUCAAUUGGCAACGAUGUCUUCCGCGAUCUGCUACUGAGGUCAUUCUUCCAAGAAUGGAAGAAGGAUGUCGACGGCCAUGUCACCAGCUGCAAAAUGCAUGAUCUCAUGCACGACCUGGCACGAUCAGUAGCUGGAGAUGAAUGCUGCAACCUCGGACAUGAUCAGGUAAACCACAUCCAGAGCAGAACACGCCACGUGUUCGUGGACCAGCUCGCUUCCUCGAGCGUUUCCGAGGCCCUGUGCAAGCCGGAGUCGUUGCGCACACUGCUGUCGCAGAAAGAUCAUCUUACGGAUGCCGACGUACUCCGCUGCAUCUUCUCGAAAUUGAAGCUCUUGCGGGUGUUAGAUUUAGCUGCCAGUGACAUCAAAAAGGUGCCGGAGUCGGUAGGCAAGCUGAUACAUUUGAGGUACCUCAACCUAUCUAAAACAUCCAUUGCAGAGUUGCCUUGCUCCAUAACACUCCUCCAAAAUCUACAAUAUUUGAUCCUGAGCCGAAGUAAGUUGCGAGAGCUACCGAAGAACUUGAGCGGCAUGCAAAGCCUCAGGCAUCUCGACAUCAGUGGUUGUCCAUUUUUGACUCGCAUGCCCCGUAGGUUCUCACGACUCACCUCUCUCCAAAGAUUAUCGAACUAUAUAGUGGGGAAAAGAGAUGGAUGCUCGAUUAGAGAACUCAAGGAUUUGGACCUCCACGGUGAUAUAAACAUCGAGUUCUAUGUGAAUGUGAGUAAUGAUUCUUGUGCCGGACAGAAGAUACUGAACAAUAAACAGCACCUCAAGUCCCUGAGAUUGCAUUGGGACGAUGCCAGUUCUGAUCACAACGUAGAGAACCUGCUUGAUGAUCUUUGUCCGCACGCAAGAUUAAAGCGGUUGAGUAUAUCCAAGUACGGAGGUGUCAAACUCCCGACAUGGUUGGCAGAUUCACAGAUACCGAAUCUAGUUGAAGUUAAGCUGAUCAACUGCAGAAACUGUGAGCGUAUCCCUCAGUUUGGAAAUCUGAAGUUUCUUACGGAGCUCCAGGUAAACGGAAUGGAGAGCGUAAGCCGCAUCCAUGCUGAUUUCUACGGUCAUGGAGAGGUACAAGGCUUUCCCUCGCUCAAGCAGUUCUCCCUGUACAACAUGCCUAAUUUGGAGGAAUGGUCAGGGACGGAAGCCCUCGAGCUGUUUCCUCGGCUGCACACGCUGACCAUCGGAGAAUGUCCUAAGUUGAUGGCAAUACCGAGGCUUCAAAGAAUAGAACGGCUGGAGAUGCAGAAAUGCAAUGGGAGCUUGCUAUCGUCUCUUGGAGCUCUAACCUCCCUCUCUUCUCUUCUGGUGGACAGAAUUCUGGGCAUCACUUUUCCUGUUGGCUUGUUUCAGAACCUCGCUUCCUUGAGGAGAUUGAACAUCACCGACUGCACGGAGCUAGAGUCUCUUCCCGUGGAUGAGAUGCAGCACCUUACGGCCCUUCAGCACUUGACUAUCUCCGGCUGCAAGAACUUGAGAUCCUUCCCACUGAAUGUUGAACGCCUGAGAGCUCUUCAAAGCCUGAAUCUCCGCUACUGUAUCAACCUAGGCUCGCUGCCGGAGGGCCUACACAGCCUUACUUCUCUCGGGUCCUUGAGGGUGGUCAGCUGCCGGAGUGUGACAACGCAGCCGGAAGUGAUCAUACGGAGCUUGAACUCGGUGCGUGAGCUGUUCGAAGCAGAGAUUUGCUGCAGCAAGGUGAAUUUGUCUGGACGACUGCAAGACCUUGGGACGCUUCGGAUGUUGAGGAUAUUUGGCGGACACUCCAUGCGUCCAGUCUCGGCGACGGUGUUGGCUGCUACGACGUUGAGCAUUUGCUGCUGCGAGGAAUUGAGCUCGUUGAUGUCGAGAACGCCAUCAGGAGUGCUAGAAGAUGUAGCAAUAGAAGAUUGUUCGAGCCUGACGGCUUUACCGGAUUGGCUUACAGAGCUCCGAUCGCUUCGAUACCUAUCCAUCCACAACUGUCCGGAAUUAGCGUCUCUGCCGAGAGUAUUACUUGAUCUCCGUCCUCGGCAGGGACUAUGGAUUGAAGGCUGCCCACGACUGCAGAUAUGAUGUCAAAGAGAGGCAGCCAAAGAGAGGAUUUAGGGAGAAAGAAGAUUGAUUUAGGAACUAACAUGCCACUGAAAUUUCUAUCGGAGAAAACUCUCCACCUUAAUUGUCA